AUGUCAAAUAGUUGGGGUGAACCUCGACCAGAUUCCUGGGGGGCGUCUUGGGAACAAAAUUCUGAAAAUAACACUAAUUUUUCUCAGCGAAAACAACAGGAAGACAGUUCUUGGGGAGAGGUUGACCAUAAUACUCAGAAGGGAAACUGGGUUCUUGCUGAAACUGACACCGUUAUUCACGAUUCAGCGUGGGACGAUAAUACUCCGGUUACUGCGCGCGAUUCAUCCUGGGAUAAUAAGAAAAAGGUAAAAGCAGCUGGUGAUAAACAGUGGAAUAAUAAAAAAGCGGCGAAACCCACUAGUAAUGCUAGCGGCACUAGUACGUCGUCGAAUAAUAGCAACAAAGUUGAACCUAAAAAAAAGGUUGUCUCGCAUUGGAAUACCCUUAAGAACGCGCCGAAAUCUACAUCUACUGGUGAUGGUGAUAGUACGUCGUUUAAUAAUAACAAAAAAGUAGAAUCCAAAACUGAUGUUUCGGCAUGGGAUAAAGAAGAGGUGGUAGAUUUCGUUGAACCUUGGGAUGAUGAUAGUAAUUCCAAAUCCAAUACUAAUAGCGACAAUGCUGGCGAUUCACCAUGGGCUAAUAGUGAUGUCAAGGCCAUUGAUGACUCACGAUGGGGUAAUCAGAAAAAAGCCAAACAAAUUGCUCGCGAUUCGAAACGGGAUAAUCAAAGAAAAGAUUCUCCUUGGGAUACUAAUAUUAUAAAAGAAGAGGCUAAGAAAAACCAAGAUUCGAAUGCCGAAAUUGCAUCCAGCAACAAUAAUCAAAAGGCCAAUUCCGGGACAUCAUCUUUGGAUGACAACAAUGUUCUGAAUGCAGGUAGCGAGAACAAUAAUAAUGAUCAUCAAGCGGGGAAUGCAGGUGUUUCGCCUUGGAAUGAUAAUAACAACCAAGAGCCGAAUGUAUCUUGGGAUAAUAGCAACGAUCAAGGGCCGAGCGCAGGUAUUUCAUCUUGGGAUGAUAACACCAAUCAAGAGCCGAACGCAGGUGUUUCAUCUUGGGAUGAUAAUAACAAUCAAGAGCCAAAUGCAGGCGUUUCAUCUUGGGAUGAUAAUAACAAUCAAGAGCCAAAUGCAGGCGUUUCAUCUUGGGAUGAUAAUAACAAUUAUAAGAAAGAAGAAUCACAGAGUAAUCUUUGUGAUAAUACUGAUGGGGGUAAUCAUGAAGAAUCCUUUACAGGAUAUUCUUCAAAAUCGCAAAAUUGGGAUAACAAAAAUGAAGGAUAUCGAGGUAAAAGCGGAGAUAACAGUUAUCGCGAAAAUAAUCGACCAUUUAGAGGUGAAGAUACAUUUCAACGAAGUCCUGCAAAUCGCACAUCUUUCAGUAGAAAUGGCGAUGAAUCUCUCCCUGGUGACUCUAAAUUAGCUGGCAAAAUCACGAGUCUUUACCAAAGUAUACAUGCACCAAAAAGACCGGAUGGUGCACCAUAUGUUAAUGAAAAUCGAGUCUUAACUGGUGGUACUCAUAAAAUUGCAAAGCAGGACGAAGCUCAAUUCCGUAAAGAACAACGUAGGCGUGAAGAGCAGCAAAGAAUGUUGGAAGCUCGAAUGAAACGUUUUUUCGCUGAUCUUGAAUUACUAUUGCCUAGUUCCGAGCGUGAAACUAAUGCACAACGACGUAAUCAAAAUCGCGAGUCGCGCGAAUGGGAUAAAGAAAAGGUCGAUUCAGACUGGAAUUACGAUCGAGUACCACGAAAUAAUGGUUUUCGAGGGCGUGGUCGAGGCCGUGGUCGGGGUAAUUUCCGCGAAGAUCGCGAUGGUUUUCCACGAAAUUAUCGCGGACGCAAUAACGACAGAAGAAAUUCGCGUGAAUAUAAUGAUGACGGAGCUGGAUGGGGAAGAGGAGGACGUGAUCAUGAGGAUCAGAAUGUUGAUGAGAGACCUCGUUAUGGAAGGAGAUCUAGCAGAAAUGAGCCUGAUAAAGAAGCGUAUGGAGGUGGAACUAGUUGGGCAGAAGAACAAGAAUUAGAGGAAACAGGUAUAAAAGCUAAACUUCCGUGGGAAACUGAAACGGAAAAUCCGAAUAAUGAUAAUAGCUGGGGUGCACCUGACAACCAAGCUCGCGAUACAAAAUCCUUCGGAAACAAUGAGGAUUCAUGGCCGAAUGAAACGUUCAACGGAGAAGUUAGUUGGGAUGAUCAAACAGGACAAUCGCAGGACCGACAAAAUCAUAAUGCGUCCAAUUCAAAUAAUGGUUGGAACUCACAACCAAACAACCAACAACAUCAGCACCAAGAUGACGAAUCAUGGAAAAAAGACAUGGAAUGGAAUCCAGCUCGUGUUAAUGAAGUCCAAGGAACAGGAUGGGAUUAA